ACGCAUUUCAAGCAAUGGCCAAGUACCUUGUUUUCGAAAUACAUUCAUUCUUUCAAAGAUGGAUAUUGUGGCUCGUGAAAUUCGCACUGACUGCCAGUAACUUAGGUCAUCACACACGCCCAAGCAUCCAAGUCGAACAAUAUACCUACAUAACGCUGAAAUAUGGGAAGGCGAUUCAGCAACGGGGUAGGCAGACUUGGGAUUGGUCAGUAGUAUCAGGUGAUAAACAGGUCAUGUGAUCACAUAAUGGCGCUGCUUAUUCUGCACGUUCGUGAGUGUGAAGAGACGGAUCUGAAGCCCGCAUGAAAUUGAAGCCUGAAAUUCGCAGUUACGUGCAUUGAAUUGAUGCAUUGAUGCCCAUGUCUUGACUUAGUUGUGAAGUACGUUGUUUCGCAUCCUUAUGCAUCAGCUGUCCAUGCGCGAUUAACUGCCGGUGUGCUGGACCUACAUUCGUUAAUCGUUCGAGUCAAGAUCGUGGGUGGACGCAACAUUACCAGGAAAUUGACUCCGGCGUCUAUUGAUAGGUACAGGUCUCAUUUCAAAUACAGGGCGGGCGAUGGGCUGAAGAUCGCGGGGACACUCGAGGGCCAGAAGAUCCGUAAGGCUGGGAAGGCUACACAAUCCGGGUCGUCCAGCUGCGGCCGCCACGUGUUUGUGUAUCCUCAGGGAAGAACUUCGGGUACACCUCACCACACCAGUCUGGAGAGACAACUCAUGUCCAGCAUUCUUAACUCGAUGCAGCCCUCGAGUCUGGGAGGCGUUGCAGACAACAAUCGUCAAAGCACUGCCAGCACUCCGGUGAGCGAGGGCAAAUUGUCUGCCUUUCUGCAACUUCGUAGGGCCAAAAUGAAAGAGCCGUAGGGGUUUUAAAGGGUAACCUUCUCAUCCCCUCGACAUGUUCUCUUCUUUUGAUAGCAGAAAUUUCUUUCCAAUCUUUCCAAGUUAUUCUUUCAUUCCGUCCGUCGUUUGGUAGUCACUUGAUAAUGCGGCCAGCUGAAGGAUCCAAAGAGCCUGCGCCCGACCAACUCAGGAGUGGCCAAUCUGCCAGCGCGCCAAGGCCAAGCAACAGUACCACGCCCCGCCGAAAGCGGCAAUACAGUCCAGAUGAAAGAGCCGAAGUUGCAGAGACUCGUAGACGUGGAGCUUGUGAGGAUUGUAGGCGGAGGAAAACUAAGUGUAAACACACGCCAGCUAGAUCAGAGGUUUCCUCAAAUGUGACGUCAGGAUCAGGAAGUACACUGAGUGAUAUCUCACUUCGUACAGAGAGUGCGGUCUCUGAGCCUCCAGGAUUUGCGACAAAGAUCAUCUCAGGGGAUCGAAUCAAUUGGCCAGCCAAUGGAACUGACUCUUUUGACGAUCACUACUCAACCCAAAUGGAGAUGAGAGCUGGAACUGUUGAAACGAAGUCUUACAGCGACGUACCAAAAAGUUUCGCGCGCCUUCCUUCACGGCCGAAGCCUCGUGAGAUCAUCCAGGAGCCUGCACUAUCCAACACCAGCUUUCAGCCGAACGCCAACCAAACAUUUCCUGGAAGCCUGUCCAAUGGAUAUGCCCUGGAUAUGGGAUCUCAUGUUCCAAAUGAGACGCGUCGGCCAAAUUCUUCGAUGGAUUAUCCUCAGGUACCCAAUCCAAGACCAUUUGCUGCUCCCGCUUGGCCAAUGAGCCGCGGGACUGAUCAAGAAAGACAGUCACAGUCAACCCAGGCUUUGAAUAACCCGUCAGAGGAACAUCAACAGCUCCUAGCUGGACAUAUGAGAGGCUCCGCACUGCCUCAAUUCAAUGGGCUCCAACCGACUGGGACUAUGUAUCCUCAACGAGGAAGAACUCAGCACCAAGUCCAAGUAUCUGACCCAGUGGUUGAUGCAACGUAUCCCGCAGUGCUUGGCUGGGCUCAGCAACAGGACCCAGGAGUUGAUUCCGCUCAAAAGCGUGCCCAGAUGUCGUCCCAUCCUUCUUCAAGCCAACAACAGCAGUUCACUACGUCCAAAGGCGGUUACUUGUCGUUUUCAAAUGUUCGUCUGCCAAACACGAUUCAGAUGCAGACCGUCCCACAGCCUGUCGCCCACCACCGUGCUGCAGCACAGAGCGUAUUACCCACCACCGAGUAUCGUUCAAUACCAGCUGCGACAUCUCCAAUGGUUUCAAGGAUCCCUAGCAGCCAGAUCUCAACUCCGAUAUCUUCGAGACCUGCUAUCAAUGGAUAUCUUGAAACUAGUGACAGACUUCGUGCACGCCAGAACAUGCCAGUUACCCCUCCACGACAAAUGCAAAUGCAAGGACCGCAAAGAAGCUAUCAACCGGUACAACACAGCCUACAGUCUACUACAGUGCUGUACAGUCAGCCAUCACAUACAUGGACAGGGAGGCAGAAAGCGCAGCAGCCAACUGCUGACCAUCGCCGACUGAAGUCCUGUGAAAUGUGUCGAAGAAGCGGUCAAGCACCUGGAUCUAUCUGUUACCAUUAAUUCGAGCUGCAGUCAUGAUACGAUAAGGGAGAAGGGGAAAGGAGCAAAAGAAUUGGGGAGGCCUCGCGGCCGCAUCAGUCUGAUUUCGUCAUUUCUUUAUCGAGACCACAGACAAUAAUCACAGAAUGGCAUGUAAUUGUAGCGUUUUUUUCCCGAGGAGUUGUUACCAAGAAUAUAAAUUGCUUUCUGGCUCGACGCACAUAAUGGUACUGGUAAACACUGACGUCAACCACCCGCCCCGCCGUGUAAGCGAGCGAACCCCUUUUUGCAUCGGAAUACAAACGCCUGGGAAUGCCUCAACUAGGCAAACUUCAGGAACGACUCCAAGAUGAAUGCCAAUGCCUUUGUAUCGUUUUCGGAAGUGGAUUGGCCACUUUCUCGAUCAAGUUGAUUCGACUGACAUUUAGAUCCCUUAUAUGUUGGGAUCAAGCACAGUUUGCCAAAUCCGAGAUCGUGAAAUAAACGUCACCAAAGGGCUAUCGAUGAAGUUAAUCUCAUAGUCAAACCUUGAAGAAUCCCGAUCCAAAAAGCAGGCAAUAUCAAAGGUCACGAGCCAGCCAAGCACAGCCAGCGGCCAACACCGCCUCCUAAAUUCUCUUCCGCCAUAAAACCGCCGUCUCGCAAAACCCACCGCCGCCUCCGUCGGGCGCACCCCCUAUCUUCCGGUCCUCACAUCCAAAACUCGCCGCUCCAUUCCACUUUCCGGGAAAUUCCAAAAUCUUUGUUGCACAUCGCUCGAAAUCCGCCGAUUCCGAAGCCCCGGGUAAGUAUUUCCGCCCAUUUCCCUAUCGUGCCUGUCAGCGGAAAGCUAUUCCGACGCAUUUCCUCUCCUCGCACGAGCACUUCUCCGAGACAUCAUCAAACUUGCUUUUGACUGCGCAUCGGCGUCAACUCCGACGAGAGUCUCGCUCGAAAACCCGCGGGUCUCCGCUGUGUUGGACGCUCAUUUGUAG